GAAGUAGAUACAUGUAUAUAUUUUGUAAAACCGCAAGAGAUUUCACGGAGGUGCUUUUGUAAAAGUUUCCAACAGUCAGUGGAAUCGACGCGAAUUGCAAACAAAGCAAAUGUUUCAAGACGCAAAAAUCCGGGUAUGCGGGACCCUCGCACGGACAGGAUAUGCCAUUCACUAAUUAGGAAUUGUUCUGGUAAAAAUUGUAAAAGCAGCAUCGCGCCAUGGCAAUGAUCCCAAAUUGCCCUGGUGUGUGUGUGUGUGUGUGGAAAAGUGCAAAAAGUGUCCUUCAAAAAAUUAACUUAAUUAAAAUUUCUCCUUCGUUGGGGCAGAGAUUGUUGCAUAUAAUUUGUGCCUGGGACACAUAAAAAAAUUGACCAUGUACGGACUAUGUAUGUGCGGGAGAUGCUUUCGCUUGCUGAAAAAUCAAUGACACACAUUUAACUCAUUUGGAUUUUUAUAUAUAAAAGUUGGGGGAUUUUUUUCAUGUCCACGAGGGGGUGGGAGCUGUGUGCGGUGCAAAAAAAAAACGACGAAAAAGAACUUAUUGAAAUGAAUGUCUGAUGGUGAGUGUAUGUGCGCGCGAGUGCUGAAUGUGGAUGUUGGGGGAUUUUUUUUUACCUAUCAUAAUAUGCUCGAACUUGGAAAAAUUGUUUAAGUAUUUAAAUGCUUUUCACAAAUUAUCUUUAGAGUUUUCUUAAAAAGAAAAUUCAAAGGGGUUGAAAAAUAUUCAUCAAAAGACAUUUUUUAGGUUUUGAAUUUUUUUUUAUCUCAAAUAGAUAAUUUUUUUUUUGAUAAAAUGCGUGCUAUAUAUACAAUACAGCCAUAUAUAGCACGCGUAAAAGCUCCCUCAUUCCCAAAAGUUCAUCGCUUGCAUUUGAGGCGGUACGCACACAUCGAUGACUCUCUAAGUUUGGCUAUUGUGUGUGUGUGUGUGUAUUGCGUACUUUUACAGGGCUUUUUCCGGAAAAAUUGACCAUGUGGGGGGGAUGGUGAGAUGUAUCGAUAGCACACAGUGACAGAUUUGGGGUGCUGGAAAAAAAAGCUUUCGAAGGCGGAGCGAAAAAUUGUGUAGAUUGAAAACGCAAGCGCCGCGAUGUCCGGACACACCCCCACCAUCGCGAAUGUCACACACAAACAUGCACGGGUUUAAAAGUUUUCGUGUAGGAAAACCAAAAAUCAUGCCCCGAAAACGAGAAAACUGUGUAUAGAAAAAAAUGCGGCGCCUCAACACUCGUGGAAAUCGGGAAAAUAUGUCCUAUCUAUAUGUGCGUCUGAUUUGCCUUGUGCAAUGGGCACAAUGUGAUUAUAUCUAGCGAUGUUUCUUGUUGGCGCGCCGCGACGCUCAGUCACGCUGUUCCAGCGUCGUUGUUAAUACGCGUAAUCGCCGUCCGUCGCGCGCGAUGCCAUACUACCGGCGUCAUAUUUCUUAUUUUUUAUUAUUAAUAUCAAAAUGAAAAAGACGAAAACUAGAAAAAAAAUCACGUAUCCUGUCGUUUGCAAAAAAAAAACCAUAAAGUUCAACUUUUGACAUAAAGUAUAAAGAAAAAAAUAUACAACCAAAAAGCAAUUUACCAGAAAGUUACCAAAAAAAGACCAAAUUCUAAAAAAAUCGGGAAAAUUUUUUUUAGACACAAAGAACAAUUUUGUUAGAAAAAAAAAGAAUUAUUCCGGAUUGUUAAGGAAAAAGUUUCUAGACAAAGAAGAAAAAUUCUUUCUUGUGGACCCUUGAAGAAAAUUUCAAAAAGAAAUAUCUUAUUUUGCUUCAACAAAUCCUUCUCCAUUUCUUCCGGGAGCUUAAAAGGAAAGGAAAAUUGUUAAUUUUCUUCUGUGAAAAAAUAAAUCAGUGUGGUUUACUUCAGGCGGCGUGCAGUGGUGUUUUCCAAAAUAAAAAAAAGUGUCGAAGAACUUCCUUUUAUUUGGAAUUGAAAAAUUUGUGCGGACAUACCUUAAGUUCAGACACUACUCACCUGCUUUCCUUCACCAUCUCAGUUGCAAAUCCUUUGCCAAAAAAAUAAACAUAUAUACAAAUCGUGCGCGUAAAAUACCAUCGACUAACAACAAAAAACAAGAAUAUAAAAAAAUCUAAUUUUUAUAGUAAUUGUAACCCUUUAAAGAUAAGAUCAAGUUCAACCCCGUGUCGACUUACCAUCCAAACGGCACGAAGAGUCAAGAUAAAAAAGAGCGUCAAAUUUCACUUUAAAACAUCUAAAAACAAAACCAACUAAGAAAAACCAAGAAAUCAUUAAGAAAAGAAACAAAUUAACUGACAAGUGUGUAAUAGUAGAUUUAAAUGAUUUGAGAGCCAAAAAGAAAAAUCAUAGAAUAACAAUCACAUUGUAGGACCGCGUAGAUUAAUAAGGAAGUGUGCAAAAGAAAAUCAAAGUGCAAUACAGAGACAACGAGUUGCUGUUAAAGUUUAUUCUUUAAGAGGAAAAAAACUAAGAAAAAGCCGUGUUUUUUUUUAAAUCGAAUUUGUGAAACUUUCAUUGAAAAAAUCAAGUUGAGUAACGACGACGUCCACAGUGGCAUCACUCCGAUUGAUGAUGGCAAACUCGCUGCAUCUCUUCUAUGGAUACAGACAGUUUGAGCAGCAGCCGUCUUAGAGAACAUCACCACACACAUCAUCAACUUUAUUGUACCACACUUAUUGCGUCACUCGUGUCAGGUCCAUGCGAUGGAAGGGGAAUUCUAAGGCCGGGUUAAGAGAGGGGCAUCGUCGGCAAGUGGAAGGGGCACAGAGUCGUGCGAAACAUCAAGAGAAAUUAGUAUUGAGUAAUAAGUGUAAGCAGACGAGCAAUACGGUGAAGAACAUUGGAGGGGGGAACGCAUCUCCCACUUUUAUGGUCACUAGGCCAAUAAAGUUGUGUUGUUCUUAUGAUGUCAUCAGAGGAGGACACAGACUGUUACGGCUUGUACGGAGAUAAGUUACUGAAGAAAUCCAAACGUACCAGACAGCGUGUAGACGCGGGCGAACCAAGAAAUAGUUACUCGUCAAUACCGAAUUUCAGUUCAAGACCAUCCUUCAUGAGUGGAGGUCUCUACGGGGCUAUCUUUAGCCAAAGUCAGCAGCAUUUCGGACUGUUCGGCCCGAAUUACGGGCCCGCGAAGAUGCUCAACGAAUUGUUGGGUAGGCAAGUGAAACAGGCGCAGGACGCCUCUGGACCGGACUUACUUUCCACGAUGGACGCAGUUGUGAAUGCGGACGGUGUGGCCAAUCAUGGCUUCGAGGGUGCCCAGCUGAAUUCGUCGGCGGGUGGCACGGGUGGCGCGAGUGGUGGUGCAGUGAUACGACGCGGUAGUCUCGGUGGUAGUGGCAGUAGUGUGGACCUCGAUGGUGGUAGUACAUCCCCACAGGCGAAUGACCUGGCGCACCACAUGCUGCGCAACAUCCUGCAAAAUAAAAAGGAGCAGCUAAUGGCGCUCGAUCAGGAGCUCCGUGCUGCCCAGCAGAAUCAUCAGGGUGGCGGAAGCUGCGGGGAGCGCCGCAGCACCUCACCGGACAAUAAUAACAGCAUUAAUAAGAAUAAUAACAAUAACAGUAUCAAUUCGGACGUUAAGAGUGAUUCGGUGGGUGGCAAUUGUGGCAGUGGUGGUGAUAUGAGUGACUCCAGUGAGGGGUGUGGGGGUAAAGUGAUCAAAAGGAAUGACUCCAUCUCACUGGGGGAUUCAAGUAGUGCCGAUGAGACAUCCCAAGCGGGCCCAGAUACGCGGCCACAGCAGAAUCAUAUGAAUCAAAAAGGUGGUGGUGGUGGGCAGAAGAAGGACGUGGUGCUCAGUCGAAGUCGCGAUGAUAUGCUGGAUGAUGAGAUGACGGGGCUAAAUUCACGCUCAGACUCCGAUGCAUCCCUCCCAUCACCCGAUCCCGAUGACAGCCUCCUGCUGAGGCCAAAGGAGGAGCUCGAUAUGGACACCAACAACGACAAAGAUGGCGCAAUGUCACCGUCACAGGGUAAAGGUGAUCCACCUGUGGCGUUGGACAUGAAGAGGGCACGCGUGGAGAAUAUUGUGUCGACAAUGCGAUCGAGUCCGGCACUGUCGGUGCCGCAGCAACCCCAAGUGAAUGGGUGCAAGAAACGAAAGCUCUACCACCCGCAGCAACAUGACAAUAGUGCCGUGGAGCGUUAUGCAGCAUCCGCGGCGGCGGCCAGCUUGUACCUGGGCCUCGGCUCAAUGAGCGAGGAUGACGAUGAUGGCAUUGAGUCGCCGCAAAUUCACCAGAAGCGCGUCGAGAAGAAUGCCCUUAAAUCCCAAUUGCGCUCAAUGCAGGAACAACUUGCGGAGAUGCAGCAGAAGUAUGUGCAAUUGUGCACGCGAAUGGAGCAAGAGAGUGAAAGUCAGGAGGCUGAUGAUAAUUCCAGUGAUAUGGAGCAAGAUGAUGUGAUUGAGCAGCCGAGUGAGAAGGUUUCAGUGAGUCAGCGAAUGCCAAUGUCGUCGCCACUGAAGGAUUUACCAUCACCCAAGACAUCGACGCCCAAUAUGUUGUCUCAGGUGAUGAGUAAGAUGCUCCCGAGUAAGCUCCAUGCGCAGCUGCCGCUGCAUCCACACCUACCGCCAACAUUCAAUGGUACCCACCCCCUGCUGCAGCAUAUGCAACACAAUGCCACAAGUAGUGCUGUGCACGAGCUGGCUGCCCUCCAGCAUCCGCAUGCACAGCAUUCACAUCAUGCAAUUAGCAAUGCUGCCGCCAUGUACCUGGGUGUGAGUCAAAAAUUGUUUCUCGAACAAGAGGCACGAAUGGCAAAGGAAGUUGCUGAGCACAAUGAGCGUGAACGUGAACGUUUGCAGCAGCAGCAGCAGCAGCAGCAGCAACAGCAGCAUCAAAGUGCCCCAAAUGUACCAACAAUGCAACCACAUCAAGUUUCUCAUCAGCAAACAACGCAACAUCAGGCACAACAUCAGCCACCGAAUCAGAAUCAAUCGCAAGUGCAGCAAAAUACACUGCCACAGAUGCAGCAGCAGCACACGCAGCAGCAGCAGCAACAUACGCAGCAGCAGCAGCAACAGCAACAACAAACCCACCAUUCGCCCAAUCAACCACAGCAGCAACAGCAGCAGCAAAUUCAACCUCCGCAAAUGCAAAUGCCCACGGGGGUUUUACCGAAAGUUUCGACAAUCCCGUCAGAGCUGUCGGACAGAUUGAGUAUGAUGCGAACGUCGAAUCCCGUGGGACCAAUGUCGGGCUCUGAGCUCGAGGGGCUGGCUGAUAUGCUGAAAUCCGAAAUUACGGCAUCCCUGUCGAAUCUCGUGGAUUCCAUUGUGACGCGUUUCAUUCAUCAGCGACGUUUCCUUGGGAAGCAAUCCGAAGCCGCCGCGGCGGCAGCUGAGCAAUUGAGUAAGGAUCUCAUAAUGGCGUCACAGCUGCUGGAUCGAAAGUCACCGCGAACAAAGGUUGCAGAUAGAUCGGGAGGCGGCAAUCAAGCAGGUAAUGGAGGAGUUGUUAGUAGUCUAGGUCAGCAGCCGCCGUCGAGCACCGGUGGGCUCAGCAAUCAUGCCCAAGGUGCAAUGAUGGGUGGUGUACAGAGUCAGGGCGGACCCCGGAUGAACGGCAGCGCUUUCCCACCCAUGGGAAUGCCGAUGCACGUGAACGGACCGCAGCAGCAGCAUGAAAGUAGUUUAGGAAUGAACACAAUGAAUAUGCCACCUCAUGUACGUCCCUCGCCCACAGCGGCAAUGUUUCAGGCACCCAAACCACCGCAGCAGCAGCAGCAGCAGCAGCAACAGCAGCAGCAACAGCAGCAGCAGCAGAUGAAUCCCGUAACAGCGGCAGCAUUGUACAAUACAAUGAAAUUGAAUGAUUUCUGCAUACCUGAUCCGCGUGAGCAGAAUCCCGAGCAAACGGAGGCACUGCCAUUGGUGGUGACGCCGAAGAAGAAGCGCUCAAAGGUCACGGAUACGCGAAUAACGCCGCGAACAGUGAGUCGAAUCUUGGCUCAGGAUGGCAUUGGGCCACCACAGGGUCAGAUGGAGAAUGCAAAUAGUGUCACGGGGAAGGGGUAUACGAAUCCACCGGUUAGCGUGGCCACGAGUACUCCAUCGGGUAGCCCAUCGCCACGGCCGUCGUACCAUCCGCCCCCGCCGUCGAUGAUGCCCAUGUCUCUGCCCACGUCUGUGGCCAUUCCCAAUCCGUCGCUGCACGAGUCACAGGUGUUCUCACCGUAUAGUCCCUUCUUCAAUCCGCACGCCCCCCAUGGGCCGCACGGACCACAGCCGCAGCCGGCGCAAUUGCACCACAUGAAGAUGUCCUCAAGUCCACCGGGUCUCGGUGGGAUGAUGGACACACGGGACUCACCGCCGUUGCCACAUCCGCCCACGAUGCUGCAUCCGGCCCUCUUGGCUGCGGCACACCAUGGCAGCUCACCCGAUUACGGGCACAUCCGUGCCGCCAUGGAUACCAACGAUCGCAACUCAGACUGCAACUCAGGCGACCCAAUGUACGAGCCUACCUCGUCUACAUUAACACCCAUGCAUCUGCGGAAGGCGAAACUGAUGUUCUUCUGGGUGAGAUAUCCCAGUUCUGCUGUCCUGAAAAUGUACUUCCCGGACAUAAAGUUCAACAAGAACAAUACUGCUCAACUUGUGAAAUGGUUCUCCAACUUCAGGGAGUUUUAUUACAUUCAAAUGGAGAAAUAUGCACGUCAAGCUGUUAGCGAAGGUGUCAAGAGUGCCGAUGAUCUUCACGUGAGCGGUGAUAGUGAAAUCUAUCGUGUGCUGAAUUUGCACUACAAUCGGAAUAACCACAUAGAGGUAUGCCGUGAUCAGGUACCAUCAAACUUCCGAUAUGUUGUGGAACAGACCCUUCGUGAAUUUUUCAAAGCAAUUCAAGGUGGCAAAGAUACAGAACAAUCGUGGAAGAAGUCAAUAUACAAAAUUAUAUCGCGACUGGAUGAUCCUGUACCGGAGUACUUCAAGUCUCCAAAUUUUCUGGAACAACUUGAAUAGAUUUAAAACAAAAAAUUUUCAAUAUUUAAUUUAAUUGAGAAACAAAAUAUUCUUCAUACCGAAGAAAUGUUCUUAAACCAAAAAAAAAAUGAAUUAUGUGAAAUCUGAAUUAUUUAAUAUCCAAAAAAAAGAAGAAUUAAGAAGGAAGAAAAGAGGAAAAGAUGCUGAAAUUUAUUGAAAAGAUUGAGGAGAAGCUUACAGAGUUUAUUUAACAAAGAAAAAGUAAAAAAAAAUGAAAUCUAAAACGGUAAAAAAAUGAAGUUUUAUGCAAAUUUAAGGAUUAAAUUGAAAUUAAAUACAAAUUUAUUGAUGAAACAAAAUAAAGAGAGAGAGAGAGAAACAUGGAGAAUCGUUUAUAGUGAAAAAGAGAGAAAAGUGAAGUAAAAAAAAAUUAAGAAAAGAACAAAGAGAAUAAAAGAUACAUAUAACAACUUUUGUGGUUCCUAUAAAUGUAGUGUGCUUACGUCCAAAUAACAAGCGACUGCAAUUAUUAUCGACGAUAUACUCGCGUUUAGGCCUUCAUUUCAAAAAAAAAAAAAGUGAAAAAUGAAAAGGAAAAGUGAAAUAAAUAUUAAAAAAAAAGUAAAUAAAAUUAAUCUAAAUUAAAGAAAAAAAAAACACAGAGAAAAUUAUUAACCAAAAUUUUUAGUCAAAAACGUAAAAAUUUCACAUGUUAAUGGGAUAGAACAUGUUUUUUGAGGACAAAUCUUUGAUAAAACAUACUGGCAUAGUGUUUUGUGUUUUUGUUUUCAUUUUUUUUGGGAAUGGAAAACCGGGCAAGAAAAAUUUUCAACAACAACAAAAAAAGUAUCCAACGUCGUCAACCGCAAAUAUUUAUAUAAGUAUUUUAUUAAAAUCAACAACCAAAGCAAUAAACCAGGAAGCUCCCCAAAUAAAAAAAUAAAAAAAUAAACGAAAUAGCAUCAAACAAUAGGAUCAAAAAAAAAGACAGCAAAACCACCCGCAGCCACAGAACUGAAGCAGCAGCCAUGAUUUCUUUCAUUUUCAAACAUUUUUAAUUUUUUAAAAAUAAUUCAACAAAACCACCACAACAACCGUUGAAACAAACCAGGAAAUAAAAUAGAUUUUUGCAGGAUAAAUGGAGACAGGUACGGAUUAAUUUGUAUUUUGCAGAAAAAAAAACUGAGGUACAUUGUGUGUAAUUUUUCGCCAAAUACACCAAUCCUCCCGUUGUGCGGGGGACGUAAAAUAGUCAUCAGGAUAUUAAAGAAAAAAAAAUGAAAAUAAAAUAAAACCAUUUACAACAACAACAAAAAACUAAUGAUUGUGUCACGUGUAAACUGUAUUGCAGCAGCAACAUUUAUUUCUUAUAACAAAACGUAGAACAACCUACAGAACAAAAAAUAAAAUAAAAGUAAAUCAACCACAUAGAAAAAUAUGCAUUUCUAGAAAACAGAAUUUAAGCUAAUUUUUCUCAAUCAACUCUGUAACACUGAAAGCGAAUUGCAAGAAAAAAAAUUAAAUUGCAAAAAUCAACCAUAAAACCGAUACAUUAUGUAUUGAUUUAUUUCUCUCACAUUCAACCAACAACAAAAUAAGUAAAUAAAAAUUUAUUGAGUAUAGUCUUUAAUAAAUGGAAAAUUACAAAACUGGGGUUUUAUGUUAAACAAAAGAAAAUGUAAUCGGUUGAUUUUUCGACUCUACAGACUUUAUAAAAAAAACAGCAAGUAAGCAAAAGAAAAACUGUGAAAAAAAGUCAAAUUAGCAACCGAUUCCAAAUGUAAGAUUCAUUAAAAGAAAAAAAUAUUAUUGUAAUAAUGCCAAUGUCUAACAAUAUUUGCAUAAAAAAUAUUUAAUUAAAAUGUAUAGAAAAUAUAUAUAUUUAGCAUCUCUGUGGUUGGGUCAUUGGCUGAAAGAAUUUUAUUUUUAUUUUCUCUUUGUGGUUCUAACCCACUUGAGAUGAAAGAAAAACAGAAAAUAAAAUUAUCAAUUCAAACCUCCCGCCAAUUACCCAGCCACCGAAAAAACUGCCACUAAAAAAAAACAUAGAAUUGUGUAUAAAGAAAAAAAUUGACAAAACCCAUUAAAAAAUCUAAGAUAAAUAUUUAUACAGUGUAAAUAGUCGUGUCCAUCAGUAUUUCGAAUAAUAAAAAAAAAAGUUUAGAAGUGGAAAAAAUUCAACAAAAAAAAAUCGUGACAGUGGAGUUUAAAAAAAAAUCAGGCGAUAUGUGUAUAAAAAAAAUUAAUGAUAAAAAUUAUGAUUAUGAGAAGUAAAGUAUAAAAGGAAGAAAAAAAAUUAAAUACAAUUAAUAUAUCGUAUUAGAUAGUUUGAAUAUAUUUUUAUUAUUUAUCCUGUAACAUACAAAGAUGAAAAAAAUCUAAUUUUUAAUUUUAAACACACCAAAGCUAUCACAUAGUAAUUGACUAGUCUUGGAAUUAGUUGCACAACAUAUUGCCCACAGAGAUUGCGGCAAUAUGCUGUCAAAUUAAUUCAUUCCUACUUUUAAAACAUUCCGUUAAAAUUUAAGAAAAAACAAAAUAAUUUUAAGUUGUGUGAAGAUUUUAAUUUAAUUUUGAAUAUUAGCUCAAAAUUUCACACCAAAAGAAAUCUGUUCAAAAAUAAAUUUUCUUUAAAGGUUUAUUUUCAUUUAAGCUGGAGAAAAACCUUUUUCAUUUAAAGCUAAAUUUUCUGGAAAUAAAAGUAUAUCGCAAUAUUUUUUUCUGAUUUCCAAAAAAUAAAUAGAUUUGAAAAAUAUAAUAAUUUUGAAAAGUAAUAAAAAAAAAUUUGUAAAAAAGUCAAAGUUAUUUUCUAAAAUAAUAAGUUUUUCUAUUCUGCGACCAAGAAAACUUUGAAAUUUCAAGAAUUUUCAUUAAAUUCGCAGAAUCAAAGAUUUAAAAAAAAAUUCAUAAUAUUUGUAAAACAAAUAAUACUUACAUUUUAAAAGUUAUAUUAUGAUAAAAAUUUGUUUCAAUAACUUGAUUUUAUAAUAAUUUUCAGGUCUAUGAAAAAAAUAAAAUUUUUAAUAAAUAAUUUUCAAAAGUUUUAAUACAUUUCAAAAAUAAUAAUAUAAAAUUUCAAUAUAUUAUUAUUUUCAAAAUUUAUUAAAAUAAAAAUGUCUUAUAAACAAAAUUAAUACAAAUUAUUAAUUAUUACUUUUCAAAAAUAUUAAUAAUAAAUUUGAAAAAUAUUCAAUAAUUUCCAUCAAUUCAAAAAAAAAUCCUUUAAAAUUGUAAUUUAGUAACUUAAAAUGGCAAAAAUUCAUUUUCCUACUUUUCCUUUCCCUAAAUUCAAACUAACCUAGAGACUAGUGAUUUAGACAGUGAUUGAGGUAUAAAAAAGCAGUUAAAACAAUUGCCAGAAAAACCCUUUGAAAAUAUUAUUAAAACAAAAAAAUCAUUACACUUGAGGUCCUUGCCACGGUGCAAACACCUCAAAAGUGGCAAACGGUGAGUUUCCUAGUCUUGUAUAAUUAAACAAACAAAAAAAAAUGAAGUAAAAAGUGAAAGUCGUGAGAUAAUGAAAAAAAUCUUUAACAUGAAAAUAAAACAAAUACAUAAAAAAUAAUAUUAAAAAAAUAGACAUGAAAAUUUUGUAAAAAAAAAUGAGGUGAAAACGAUACUUUUCAAGAAGAAAAAAAGUUUUCUUUGAAAAUAAAAUUGCGAUAGUUUUAUGAUUUAAAGGAAUUUUAACUAAUUAUUUUUAAUUUUUUUAAAAGAAAAAAAAGUUCAAUUCCUACUUUGUACAAAGAAUGAAAAUUUUGAAUUUUUAUUAGCUAUAUUUUUAUUGAUAAUUUUAUGUAUUAAUAAUGAUGAAAUUUUAUUAUACAAUUUGCUAUUCAAAUUGUAAAUUGUAUGAGCAAAAAAAAACUAUUAUUUAUAAUUAAAAUAUUUGAAUGAAGUUAAUUUUAUUUAGAAAAUACAAAAAUAUGCCUUCAAAAUUUAAUGAAAAAAAAAUAAAAAUGAUAAAAAAUUUAUGAAAAAACAAUGUAACUGAAUUUUGUGAUAAAGUGAGGAGAUUUAAAAAAAAAAGCAGAAGGAAAUUAGGGGUGGAAAGGAAAAUGUGGGAAAUUUUGGGUUAUUUUUAGGGGGAGAGGUUUAAUCCCCUGAAAAGAAAAAUCCGAAAUUUUCCUUGAAACUUUCUAUGUCUAAUUUUUUUUUAAAAGUUUAGGAAAUAUUUUCUUUCGGUACAAACUUGGCAUUAAUCAAGGAUUAUCCCGUCUUUUUAUUUUUGAUUUUUUUCUUGGUUUUGUGAACUCUCCUGGUUGUGAUUUUGUAAGUAUGAUUUAUUUUAUUUUAUUUAUUUAUUAUUUGUUUUUGAAAUGAAAAUUCCUAUUUUCCCUGUUUCCACCUCCAUUCCGGUUUUACCAUCCAAUCCUGGAAAUUUUAAAUUAAUACACGUACAUUUAGUAAUAUUUCAUAAAUUACAUAGACAAGUAAUCAGUGUAGAAAUUUAGCUAACUUCUUAGUCAUCUACGGGAAUCGAAAUGAGACCGAAAAGAAACGGUCACAAAGCUCUAGAGACAACAUGCCAAAACAUCCGUAGAAGCAGCUAAAUAACGAAGAAGAAAAAUCAUAGAAUUUAGGGCGAGGAUUUAUUAAAACCCACAGUGAAUUGAGAGGGAAUCUCAUUUGUAAUUUUUCGUAAUAUAAAAGUAUAAGUGUUGUGUGAAGAAGAAAAGAAAUGGAACUGAAUUAUUGUCGCGAUGCAGUUUACACCGAUAGACAACAAUUUUUGUGAGACUUUCUAAUUAACAAAUUCAAAACCAAUUCUCAGACAAACAAAUAAAUAAACCAAGAGGCCACUUAAAGCCAAUUAAACAGGAUAAAAAAUAUUUAAAUACCACAAAAUGCAAUAGCCACAGCAAACCAAGUUAUUUGAAAUGAAGAAAAACUCCACCAAACCGAGAUAAACCAUUCUUAACUAAAAAAAAAACAAUGGCAGUAUAUUUCAAGAUAUUGUGUAAUUUUAACCGAUUUAUGAUUAUUGGAUGAAUAAAAAAAAAUCUAAGAAGGAUUUUUAUUGUAUAAACGAUGAAAAAUGGAAUUUAUAAUGAAAAAAACAGAAAACAAAAUAGCCAGGGUAGAACUUGCAGAGUUUUACAAAGAAAUAGUAAAAAAAAAAACAGAAAUAUCUAUCAGUCAAAUUUCCCAGGAGAAUAUUUCGCUAGAGAUCACAAAAUUUCCCAAAAGAUUCAUAUUUUUGGGCUUAUUUUUCAGGAUAUAAAAAUUAAACAAAAACAAAAAUGAAAUAAAACUCAUUGUGAAACUGUUUCGCACGAUUUUGCACUUAAAGUGGAAGAAAUCGUAAUAAAAAAAAACAUAUUGAAAAAAUUAUUGAGACGAUGCAAAUAGAUAAAAAAAAACAACUUCAACAAUGAAAACUUCCAAAGGCGAAAGGCAAACAAAGUUUUACAAAAGAAAUAGAGGAAGGAUAAUGAAGAAAUAAAAAAAAAUGAAAUAUAUAUCAUCAGUCUUGCAGUAAACUUUUGGCUUUGCGUUCCAGACAGUCGGAAUGUUUGCAAAAAAUACAUGAAAAUAAAGUAAAAUUAAAAAAACAAGUAGAUGUAAAAUGAAAACUAUUUUUAGUUGUGAAAAUUUUAAGGAUAAAUUCAAAAUAUUGCAGAAAUUUUGUAAGAAAUCUGAUCACAAAAUUCCAAAAGAAAAAAAAACAUACAGAGAAAGCACUUGAUGGGUCAGCCAUCAUGUUUCAACUUUCGACAAAUCAUUACGGGAAUUUUUAACAAGGAUCAUAUCAGUUGAAAUAGUGUAAUAGCUUCUUCAGGUUUUAGACAAGGGGGUGUUUAUCUGAAUAAAAAUUAAUAUUUGGAUAUUCGGAUUUUGAAGGGAAUUGUUCGGAAAUAUUCUGAGUUUUAGAUUUAAAAACAAAUAUUCGGAAUUUUUCGAGAAUUAUUUGAAGAAAUAAUAAAAAUUUUAUUUUUUGGGAAGUAGGUAUUCGGAUUUUUCGGAUUUUUUUUGGAAAUUAUUCGGAAAUUUUCAGACUUAGUUUUCAAAACAAUAAGAAGAGUUUUUCGGGAAUUAUUUGAAAAUUUUCAGAAGUAUUCGGAUUUACGAAUCUUUUCGGGACUUAUUCGAAAAUAUGACUUUUUUUUGAAUUAUUCGGAAAUAUUCUGAUUUAAAUAUUCGGAUUUAAAAUAAAAUUAUUCGGAGUUUUUCGGGAAUUAUUUGAAAAAUCAAUUUUUGGGUAAUAUUCGGAAAUCUUUUGACUUGGUUUUCAAAACAAUAAGAAGAGUUUUUCGGGAAUUAUUUGUAAAUAUUCGGAAAAUUCGAUUUUUCGUAAAAUUUUCGGAAGUAUUCGGAUUUACGAUUCUUUUCGGGAGUUAUUCGAAAAUAUGACUUUUUUCGAAUUAUCCGGAAAUAUUCCGAUUUAAAAUAAAACAAUUCGGAGUUUUUCGGAAAUUAUUUGAAAAAUCAAUUUUUGGGUAAUAUUUGGAAAUCUUUUGACUUGAAUUUUAAACCAAAAAGAUGAGUUUUUCGUGAAUUAUUUGAAUUAUUUGGACGUCAUUUCGAUAACCACCCAACUCGUUCUGAUUAAAUAAAUAUUAUUCUUAAAUUUUCCGAUUAUUCAUCAAACAAAUCAAAAUAUCCUGCAGACAAACACCCCCUUAUCUCUAGACUUAGCUCUCGAGACUUAAGUCAUUGAAUCUGAAGGGGCUAUAAAUAAGGAUUUAGGUUUAAAGUUAAAAUAUUCGGCGUGGAUUCUUCGGGAAUUUUACAGCAAACCAUUUUGGGACAUUUAAAAAACAUUUUCUUUUUCAACAAAUAAACUCAAAUUAAACGAAAAAUAAAACCAAUUAAGUCAACAAUAGCAACCGCGUGUUUCACGCGAACCGGAUUAAGUUUGUAUAUCAUAAACAGUGACAAAAAAAUCUCAAAUAUGACUAAAGGACAUAUUACCACAAAAACCAUUAUUUUACCACUUACGCCAUCCUCAGUUGCGUAGAAGACACGGAGAAAGUGAACAUGAUCUCAACAUCUUGCAUUUAAUCAAGUGUAGGGGAAAUUCAAAAUUUGUUGAUAUAUAUGAAAACUAUAUUAACAGCAGAAUCUGUAGACAAUGUACCGAAGAAAAAAAUGCAAAUACGAGAUCUACUAAAUCAUAUAAAAAUAAAUAAAAGGAUGAGGAUCAUUGUCCUUAUCACAGAGCUACGAAAAAGAAAUUUAAAAAAAUAAAUAAACCAACAAUAAAACCUAAAAAACAGUGUAACAAGAAGUAGGAAGAAGUAACACGGAUACGACGGAGAACAGCAACUCGUUAUCAAAGUCAUGCGACGUCGCAGGAACGUCGCAAGGACGUCGCGAAGUCGCAGAGUGAAAUAGAGGUGAAAAAAUACUUUAAAAAUAAACUUUUUUGUGUUACAAUAGCGAAUGGAUUCGAUUUCCAAUGGGGUGAUGGCAUUUGCAUUACGUCCGCGGCAAUUGGGUGUGAUUUUGGGCGAAUCCCCCAAUGCAUAGGGUGUGCACAGGCAUGAAAUCAACCCCCUGGAAAUUCGAAGAGAUUUUUUAGUUCAAACAAACCUCCUCCUCCCCCGAAAAAACAGAAAAAGUUAAUUUUUUCAUACAACGACGCGUACACCAAUGCUAAAGGACAUCCAGCACAAAGGACGCGUGAUGGAAGAAUUAAUUUGAAAACAUGAAUUUUUUCAAGCGAAUGCUUGUGGAGAAAAAGUUUCCCAUAUAGAGAAAACAAAAACAAAUCAAAUUCGGAGAACUUUGAACUCUCCGCAGUAAAAAGAAGUAAACUUAAAUGUGAUUGUGUAACUAUGAAGUGAAAAAAAUGAGGAAAAUAAGGAAAAUAGAACAGUGGAAUAGUUAAUCAAUCAUAAUGAAAUUUUUUAAUUUGCAAUAGUGCGUGGGCGUAGUUGGGUGUUCUUAGCUGAGAGCACACAGCUUGUCUGCAAAAAAACCGGGAUAAUUUAUAGUACAAGAAUCAAUAAGAAAAAAAAACCAACACUUAAAAGCAGAAACCAAUUAAUAAAACUAUUUAUAUUUUUAUACAAAGUCUUUAUAAUAAAAUAAAUACAAAAAAAAAACCAGUAAAGUCAAGCAUAAGAAUCAAUUGACUAAAUAAAGCUUAAAAAUAAAUCGAUCUAUCAAAAAAACAUACAAAUUUCAUAAAGGUGUUAAAAUUGUCGCGAUUUGUAGAUAAAAAAAAAUGCACACACACUGUGACAAAACACCCCCAAAAUAUGGUUUUUUAAUUGUAAUAAAAGAAAUAUUAUUAAACAAAAAUUGGUUACACAGAGCAUUUAAAAAAAAUGAUGAAGAAAAAGAAGAAAAAUGUAAGUGGGAGCAGCAUAAACGCGAGUGAAAGUGAAAUUACAGUGGAAACCUUUUAUUAAAAGAAAAACAAACAAAAAAAUAUAAUAGAAAUUUUUUACAGCAAGUGUUUUUUGUAGAUAAAUUAAACAUCCUAAUUUGAAUGCAACAGACGAUUUCCAGUCGUGCGUAUAUUUUUUAAUAGGACCGUAAUACGUGAUAUAAGCCAUGAAAAAAUGCGUAAUAGAAAUUUAAACACAAAAAAAAAUGGAAAAGAAAACGAAACUUCUAAUACAGAAAAAAACCUACAUAAAAUCAGAAAAUAAAAUAUUAAAAAAAAAAACAUUAAAUCAACAAAUUACCACAGACUGCAAUAAAUGUGAUCAGAUAUUAUAAAGCAUAAAUAUAGAAUAUAUACAUAUACUUGGAAAUAAAAAAAAUAUUAAUUAAUAAUGACCUUUUACAUUUACCCGCGCGCGAAUAUUCGCUGUCAGAUUGGAAAGGAAAAGUGAAUGAGAAUAGAAGAAGUUGAAAUAAAAUAAAAAAAGUAGGAGCGAGCAAAUGAUGUGACGGUUUUAUUUCAAAUUUCUCAAACACAGAAAAAAAAUGCAAUCAGCAUAACGAUCUUUAAAGAAAAAAUCAAACAAUGGAAUGCAUGUUGCAGCAUAAAAAAAUGCAAAAGACAUUACCUUAAAAAAAACAAAAAAAGGAGUUUACAGAUAUUGUAUACUAUAUUUAUAUACAGCCAGGAUGAGAAAUCAUUUAUGUGUGUCUUGUUUUUGGGAUAUUUUUGGGGAUAUAUGAAUAUUUAUUGAAGAAAGAAAAGAAAAGAAACAAAGACAAAUAUUUAUAUAUUUAUACAAAACAUAACAAUAGUCGUUGGAUUUUCAUGGCAGUUUUCUGUCAAAAUCCACAAACCGGGUUUAUUUACAAUUCACAAGCCAAUUCAUUUGCAAUAGUGUGUAAGGUUUAGAUGCCGAGGGACAUUGUGGGACAACAUUUUUUUGGCACAAAUCAUCAAUCCCAUCACUGCAACCAAUAUUAAACCUAAAUAUACCUAAUUCGAAUUUAUGGACCAAAAAUUGUGGACCAAAUGAUUCCCGGAGCAUUGAACUACGAUAAAACUGGAUGCAGGGUGAUGAGCAAAGUUCAUUUAAAUAAAAAUUAAUUUGAAUUUUAUUUUUUCAAUAUUUAUCAAUUCUUUUUAAAUCAUUCUUUAACCACAAAUCUCUGAGAAUUUUUAAAUUUGUUUUUAAUGUAGCUUUUUUUGGGGAAAAGAUUGUUGGACAAAAAUUAGGGAAAUUAUCCGUUUUUACUGGUUUUUACAAUUUAGUCAAAGAUAUUCUCUUUAUUGUGUCGAAAUUAUUCGAUUUUAAGAAAGAUUUUGAAAUUAUCAUUGAUAGAUUUGUUUUAUCUUUUCUAUGAAAGUUCUAAAACGAAUUAUUUCCUUUUUAAAACUUUCUUUUUUUAAUAAAAAUUAAUGAUAUCUUUUUUUUUUUUAAAGUUUUUUACCUCUUUUUAAUGAGAGUUUUUAAGAAUAAACAACUUUUCUCCUUUAUAUAAAACAUUUAUUUCAAUAAAACUUCAUUUUUCAAUUUUCCAACGAAAAAGAACUUUCUUUUACCAAUAUAUAGAAAAUCACGAGACUAUAUAGAAUUUAGUCUUCAUAAUAUAAACUGCCACAUCACCCUGCAAUUUUUUCUUUUUGUUCACCAUUAAUACAACAAUAAUAAUUUGAGCAAUUAAAAGUACAACUUAUUGAAUAAUUUUCUAAAAAAAAAAAUGAAGAAGAACAAACAACAAAAAUAUAAAUAUACAAUACACGAUGCAGCAAAAAAAAAACAGAUUGAAAACCAAGUAUAAAAGAAAAAAAAAAUUAGUAAAUAAUUGUGAAAAUUCAACCACCUCUUCAAAUUUAAAGUUAAUUAGAGAAAAAAAAACAUUUCCGAUUUCCAUGAAGGAUGAAAAAGUUUUCUAUAGGAUAAUUAAAUACAGUGUAAAAAAAAGAGAAAGAAAAAUUAUUAAGAGUAAAUAUAAGAGAAAAAAAAACCUACAUGUUCUUCAUUUUAAACAGAGCAAGUAAUUUAUUGUUGAAGACACCACUUGAUAAUUUAUAGAACAGAAUAAAAAAAAGAAAAUGCAUAAAAUGAAAAAUAAACUCAACUUUAUUUUGACAAUAGUGCCAGAACAAGUUUUUUAUUGAAACAUACAGCAAACUAAAUAAAUGAAAUAGAAUGGUGAAAUAUAGUAAUAAAAAUAAGUAAUUUUUAAUAAUGACAGGUUUAAUCCAAUAUUUAAAUAAGGAUAUAUAGAAUAUAUAUAUUUUAAUUUGCAAUAGGACAAAAUCACCCAAAAUAUUUAAAAGAGAAAAAUAAAUAUUUUAGGUGAGAAAUAGGAAAGAAAAAACACCCACACCUGCAGUAUGCACGUGGACUCUCUUAAAAAACUUUAAAAUUAAAAAAAAAUAGAAUCAAAUAUUUGCUCAAACUGACACAUCCUUAUUUGCCGUAACAUCCUUAUUUCUGUAAUAAUACAUCUCUUUCAGUUCUUCGCGUUACCAUCAUAACAUUUUAUCAAAAAAAAAACAAAAAUUAAUUAAUAAAAAAAACAGAAAAUGCUACUCUUACAGUGCAUGCAAUGCGGAGAGUGUGCUAAAACAGUUUCACAGAGUUAAGUAAACAAUUUGUAACAUUUAUCUAUUGCACAAAUGCAAGAAAAAUAGGAAAAAAAUAAAUAAAAAAUAAUAUUAUGUUAAAAAAUUACCAUAAAAAUCAAAUAAGGAAUAAAUAUUUAUCUAAUAAACUACAUAGAAAAUAAUAAGAAUGAAUUCUUAGUGCGAAAUUUGUGAUCUUUAGCGCCAAGAAAACACCAAAAGUUUAUUAAAAAAAAAAACUCUCACAAACCAGACCUAAAUGGGAUCUAACGCUUCCGUGGAAAUGACUCCACAGAAACCACAAAAAGCUCUCCGCUGUGCUUUCCACGGAAUGCAAUGGAAGACUUUCGUCGAUCAAUUGAAAAGAAAAAGUCCAAACGCGAUACUUUCAAUUGUCAAUUGCAGUAUAAUAACCGUCUCGAUAACCAAAGAAAAUAACAAAAAAAAUCAUUUAAAUGUAUUAUUAUAAGGAAAAAAAAUGAAGAAAAAAAAUAGAAAAGCGUAGAAGAUUGUAUUUCAUCUCAUGAAUGAUAUUCAUAAAUAGUUGAAGAAACAAACCAAAAAAAAAAAGAUGUUAUUGAGAAAAUAGAGCAGCAAAAGUGAAUUUUGACGCCGGACGCGCCACUAAAAACCAUGCUAAAUUCUAAACCAUCUCUGGAUACACCCAAAAUUUCGAUGAGUAUAUACUUUUUGAGGCAUAGGCAAAAAAAAGGACAUUUUGAGGUUUUGUAAAAAAUAAAUUACAAACAACAUAGAAGAAGAAGAUAAAAUCAAGGGAAAGCAUUACGAAUAUUAACAAUUUGCGCUUGAAGUGAGCAUUUUCAUUCAUUCUUAUCUUUUUUUCCGUGAAUUAAGUUCCAAAUAAUCUACCAAGAUAAAACCCCAAUUUCCAUGCCCAUUAGUAAAUCACCAAUCCCGGUAUAAAAUAAGCAAUUUAUCCUACUGCAAUGUCUCACGUAUUUUGGGGGUGGAAGGUCCUUGCAAGUGCAACACCAUCACCCUCAAAAGAAAUUUUGAAAAAAAAAGAUGUUAAAGUAAAUAUAAAUUGCAUUAAAAAUCCCAAACAUCUCUAAUAAGAAACAUUAUGUAUGCAAUUCGUUGAUAUGUGUCAAAACUUUUAGUUGAAAAAAAUACACUGAAUAAUAAAUGAAAUUUAAAAAAAAAAGAAGAUCAGCAAGGAAAAUGAAAAAAAGAUAUUUCUCGAUUGUUCUAGAAUCACUUUGGAUAAACUUAAGUGGAAAAAAAAUCAUAAAACGAAAAGACGGAGACUGAUGAAAGGGAAUUUUACAUUCCAACUUGUGUUUUGGAUCAGUCUCCGGAUGAUGCAUUUAUGCUUGACCAUAUUUCCAGAUGAAAAAAAAUCGAAUGUAUUAUAAAACUAAAGGAAAAAAAGCGUAUUCAUAGUAUCUAUCAUUAAAUAUGUAAAACACACAUAGUGAACACAAGACACAACACACACAAACACAUAAGACAAAUUUUCAAUUUUUAGAUGAAGAAAAAUGUCCAAGAAGGAUUUUUUUCUUAUACACUGUGUAAUUGGAUGAGAGAACUUUUUUUUUAAAAAAAAAAAAGUAAAAGAAAGCAAAAAAGAACAUUUGCUAUUUUCAAAUAGCCGAAGUUGGUUGCAAGACAACGUUGAAGCUGCAGAAAAUUCCAAUUAAAAAAGAAAAAUUCUGCCUCAGGUCCUUGCUGCGGUAUUUCUCCGAACAAUUUCGGCUUUAAAGAUAUUUUUAUUAAUUCAAUUUUUUAACGAAUUCAAAAUGAAAAUUUAUCAUUUUCCAAACGGAAAUAAUUUUGGAAAAAUAUUUUUAUUUUUUUAAGAAAGCACAUAAGAUUUAAGGGCGGAUGUUUAAAGAGAUUCUAGGAAGGAACAAAAGGAAAAUCUUUGAAGAAGAAGAUAAAUUGAGAUUUGUUUUUGGAAUUUUUCAUUAGUAAAACAAUUGUCGAAAAAAAUAUUCAAGGAUAAAAAAUGAUUCAAAUUUUGAAUAAUUAAGAGGAAUUUAAUACAUUUUCUUUAUCUUUUGAAAAUAACUGGAAAACUCACAAAAAUAAAUCUAAAAAUAACAUAUAAAUCACACUCUUUGUUGCGUCUUAUAUUGCAUUUUUAUUCAUAAAACAAAUAUGUACGAAUUUGCUUCAAUUGAUGAUCUAUUUUAUGUUUCUAUUAAUGAAUUAAUAUAAAAUACAUUAUCAAUGAUCAAAAGAUGUAUUUGCUUAAUGUAUGAAAAUGCAAAAUAAGGUUCAAUAAAGACGAGGUUUAUAAAGUUUUGGACACAAAAAUAUGCAGAAAAAUUCAGAGUUUUCACAUAAAUGAGCUCAGUUCUACGACCAAAAAAUCCUUUGAAUUUGAAAAUUUUCUUCUAAAAUUUCAUCGAUUUCAAGAAUUUCUUGAUCGCAGAAUAAGACCCAUUGUUGAAUAAAAAUUGAUUCAUCGUUCAUUUAAAGUUUUUAUGAGAAUAUUAACGAUUCUUCUCUGGUUAUUUUGGAAAAGCAUUUUUUGAAAAUUUCAAAUUGCUUGGAGAACGUUCUUUGAAUAAAAAGGAAAUAAGUUCUAAUACCAAAUUUCUCAGAAUAAGCUUUUAAUGUUUUAAAUAAUUUUCUAUUCAACUUUAAAAAUUUUUGGAUCCAAAAUGACCUUAAAGAAGAAAGUCAGCCGUUAAAAAGAUAACUUUUUUUUAAAUUUAAAUUUGAAUACAAGAAAUUAAUGAUUUCAACGCUUUUCUUAAAUAAACAUUUUUAAGAGAUUUUAAUUUUAUUUCCUCCACGAAUCUCACAUGAGAUCUUACACAAGCCCUAAAAUCAAAUUGCUGGAAAGAAAUCAAUUUAAUUAUUCCAAAAGAUAUUGAAAUUAGUUAUGAUUAAACAUUUCAACCCCUUGAAGAAAACAUUAAAAAACAUUGAGGAGAAACGUGUUAGCAUUUAAAUAAAAGACACAACUUAAGUAAGGAAUGAUUUUGAUGGAGAACCAGAAAGAUCAAGGAAUUAUAGCACUUAGAUAAAUCGCCACAGAUUCGUGGCAAUCAUUUUGAAAGUACAUACAUUGCAAGUAGUGUGAGUAAACAUCUGAAGAAAAAAACAAACGAUUUAGAUGAUAAAUGUAAUCGAGAAGGAAAGUUUAACAUCCAGUGGAGUAAAUUAUGAGGGAGAUAAAACAAUGCAAAAAAAAAAGGAAAUCUCUUGACAAAAUGAUAAAUUUUAAUUUACCCAACUUUCAUGGAUGCACAGAGAUGGAUGUCAGAAUAAUGAUAAAAAAAAUAUUUGAGAUAAAAAAAAUCCCAUCUGACCACAAACGAUGUUGGUGAGAACAUUUAUUUUUCCUUUUCGACUUAUAACAAAUUUUUCUUAUAGAGGAAUAAUUUUAAGCAGAUGAAAAAGAAGAAUUUAUAGUGACAACCAAUCUCCAAUAUUUUUUUCUUCAAAUUAAUUAAUUAAGGUUUUCUUCUUGACAACCAUAUAAGAAAUAUUCGUUCAAUAAACUGUAAACACAGAGAAAUAAAUUUUGUUAAAUUUUAAUAAAUAAUUUUUAAUUUUAACACAUUAAUUUAAAGUUUAAACACAAUUUGCAAAACAUGUGAAUCAUGUAAAUAACAUUUUACCGGACUUUUUGGCUUUACCAUUUGUAUAAAUCAAUAAACAUGAUAUAAAUCGUAAGAACAUAUAGCAUUUUCAAAAUGGAGAUGAUAUAGUAUUUAUUUGAGAAAAUAAUUUUAUUGAAAGCUUUUAAUUUUCUCUUCUAACAAAUGGAUAUUAUUAAUAAUUUUUUUUUAAUAUAAAAUGUCUGGGAUCAUUUUUCAUUUUCCAUGUACACACAUUAUCAGGCGGCUCUUUGAGGUGAAGAAGUUUAAGUAAAAAAAAAAAACAAAUAUUAAAUAAAAAACCAUUUAGCAAGUAAUUAAAAAUUUCUGGAAAUAAAAACCAUGGUAUAUUCCUUAUUAUUUCUAUAAGGGUGCUGACAAACAAGUUCAUUGUAUGAUUUUCUAUGUGAAUUUCACUCUGGACCGACAACAUAUCUGCAAGUUUUUCCAAAUAAAAGUGAAACAGAAAAAAAGGAAAUAAAAUAAAUCUAAAUUCUAAAUCACAAAAAAAUUGAAUGUACCGAUUUUUGGGCACCUUUGAACAGAAAAAACUAAAAAUAAAACAGAAUAAAUUGAAAUAAACCAAAAAUAAGCAAAAAAAGAAAAUAGAUCGGUACAGCAUCACUUAGGGAAAUGAUUUGGAAUCAAAUUUUGUAUAAAGAUGAAGACUUUUGAUCAUUUACAGGACAAUUGAUAUUAAUUUUUGGCAAAAAUCCUUUGUUAACGUAACACUCGUUCUCGGCAAUGUUUCGGAUUCCCGGUCUAAAGUAAAAACCAAAAAAAUGAUGAAAAAUGACAAAAAAUAAUAACAAAGUGUAAAAAAAACAUAUUUGAGAAACUCAAAAAAAAAAACACGGCGAAAAGUGAACAAAGAAAAAUGAAAAAAUUAAAUUAAAUGAUGAAAAAAAGAUGAAAGAAAAAACGUAUAUAGAAAAUAUCACGAAAAAAGUACAAGCUUAUUUGAAGCACCUUCGCGCCUUAUCUUUAAAAUUAAAUUUAAAAUUAACAAAAAAAAACAAGUAAUUAAUUAAAGGUAAUUAAAAAAUUUUGAGCAAAAGUAUGAAAUUGUGUGUAAUUUUUACCAAAAUCUGCCUUAAAUUAUAUUUUCUUAUAUACAAAAAAAAUUAAAUAAAAAAAGUAAUAAGUCCUACUAGUGUGAUGAUUUGCUGUAUAGAAGAGUAAAAAGAAAAUUAACUUAAAAAAAAGAUCAACAACUCAUAAAGAUGAAAAAAAAAGAACAAAAUUUCUCACAAUUUUUAACAAUAUAGUUUUUCGGGUCAUUUUGUAAGAUGAUGAUGAAGCUAAGGACAGCAUUUUCACAUGAAAAUCAUCCAAAAAGUUCAUGCAGAAUUCAAAAUUCACGUCAAAAUUCAUUGUCAAAAUUCAAAAUUUAUAAAGAUCUAAAUUGAAAUGAAAAAAAAAAAUACAACAAUCACAACACUUUUUACGUUGAAAUUGAAUUAUAUUUUUGUUUAAAUAUAAAUUUGACUUUUAUUCUUCAUUUUCGUUGGACGACACUGAAAAAGGUUGCUUCCACUAAGCUAAAACUAAUGAAAAAACAAAUCUCAGCUAAUUGAGAGAAUAUUAAGGAAUUAAAAAAAAAAGAAAAUUCUCUCCAGCUGUGAGCACGUUGGCAAUACUUCGUGUCGACAUAGUUUUUAUAAAUUGCUUUUAUAUUUAAUAUAAAAAUUUUAGUUUGUAACUGACAGGAUGCUAAAAAAUGAAAUAAAAUAAAAACAGGUAUAAAUUCAAAAUUGCUACAAAAAUAAGAUAAAUUAAAAAAAAUUGUCUUUCCACUAAGAAUUUACUCCCCAAUCCGUAAUAAGAAAAAUCUACAGCUACACAGAACCAGAUAAAAACCAACAGAAACAGCUUAGAAGCAAAGGCUAUUGAAAAAUUAGUAACAAUAAAAUAAAUUUUAAAAAAAGGUGAAAAUACAACAAUAAAAAAUACAGAAAUAAAUGGUAACACACAGAUCAAUUCCACCAAAUUUAGGCUUUGUAAUGUACGAAUGAUUUAUGUAAGUGAAUUGACACUUCAUUUGAAAUCAAUGUCCUUUUGUUCAUUGAAAAAAAAGGACAACACAGAGAGAAUUUCUUCCCAAUUGUAUGAAUUUUAAAUAACCUUUUCAACUCUAAUAAUAAACCUUCAUUGCCCACCUUUUAGUUUGUCCUUUUGUCCUACCUUCUGUCUUAAUUAUUAUAUAUUUUAGUAUAUAAAUAUAUAUAAACAAAACACACACAACAACACAUAGAUUGUGUCAAAAUUGAUUAUAAUGAAAAAAAGAAAACAAUUGAGAAAAUAAAUUGUCACAAUUAUAAUUAUAUUGAGAUAAUGAUGAUAAGAAAAAAAAUUGAUGAUAGUGAAAAGGAAUACAUGAAAAACUCUUACAGAAAAAAACUGGUAAAAUCCAAUUAUUAUUAAAGGAAAAAAAUCAUUAAAAAUAACGCAUCAACAUUACAUAAAAAAAUUAGUACGUAUAUUUAAAGCAGAAGAAAGAAAUUACAAUUAAAAUUACAUAAAGAAUAAUUAAAAGAAAAAGAAAAAAAACUUAAAUUAUGAAUUCUUUUAAAUGUGGGAUGUAGUAUAUGUAAAAUUGUUGGAAAACUCAGGCAUUGACUUGGUCAUCGUUGCUUCUGGUACAGCUCAUGCGAAACCAACAAAUUGAACAUUUUUUACAUGCGAAAAACUCUUCAGUUGAACUUGAUAAUUUAUUUCAAAACUGGGUUUAUGUUAAUUUUUUCUAAUUUAUUUAUUUUUAAAAUGCAAUAGAGAUAUGCAAAGAAAAUCCUUUUAUAAUUUGCAGGACAGCACGCGUAUUUACUUUGGGGGAAAAUGUGCAAUUUUGCAAAAACUUGUGGUCUGAUGAAAAGUUCUCGACUACAGAAGGCUAAAAAGCAAAAUUCUGCAAUAGAAAUAUGAAAAUGAAAAAUGAUCUUUCGCUAAUCCUUAAUUUCAAGGAAGUUUCUUUAGAAGAAAAUGCAUUGGGUUAUUAUUCUUUUAAUUUAAGAGACACCAAAUGCUCAACCUUUUAAAACUGAGAGAAAAGCUUCAAAGUUAGGAAAGCUUUUCUCAAAAGUUCUUACAAAAUAUUUAGGUGAAUGUUUAAAAAGAAAAUCUUUUGAUUUUUCCAAUAUAUCCCAUUUUGAAUACAAAAUUGUGGAAAUAGGAGCAUUUUCUUUAAAUGAAAUUAUCCUUGGAAAAUGUAGAAAUCAACUUUUCCGUCAAAGCACAUCAACCGUCAGACCACAACAAAUUCAAAUUGAUCAAAGGCUAUGAAUAAACCUCCAAAGUAAAUCGAUUGAUUUAGAAUUUUAAUUGAAAAAAGAAAUAAUUUUAUCUCAAAAUAAUCAACUUAAAAGUGUAAGAAGAAAAAAAUUAAAUAAUUUUACACAUUUUUACCGACAACACAACAAAAUGAUGUCAAAUCAACAAUAUCACUCAUUUGCGAUCGAACACAAAUAGGUGGAUGCUCUCAAAAUGGAAAUAGCCACAAAUUUCUCUGACACACCCAAAUCCGUUCUUGCAAUAGUCAAUGAAGGCAAUCAAAAACAAUAAAACUAAAGAAUACAAAAAAAACGUUGAUAAAAGAUAACGACACUGUGGAAAAAAAGCUUCAAGAAAAAGGCAAAAAAAAUGCGAAAAACCUUUGGUGAAAAUGUUAAACGAUGUUUAGAACCACAACAACAUUACCGGUUAAAUGUUUUUAUCAACAAAAUACUAAAAAAAAAACCCUUUUUGGCAGAAUGGGAAUCAAAAAUUGUAACAUUCACGAGUCAAAAUUCCAAAUUCAACUUGAAAUAACAUGGACUUAAAAAUGUAAUGGGCCACAUCGUCCGAUCUAAAGUGCCUUCAAAAAAAUGUUGAUUUUUUACGAAAAAGAAUAAUAAAACUAAAAAAUAUUAAAAAUACAAUACAAAACGGGCCCUUAAUAGACUUCUCGCCCCACCAAAGUGUCCAACUAUUUGGGUUACGAUCCACUGUUGUACUUUUAUGUUUUCUAAAAAAAAAAUAAAUAAAGAAAGAAAAACAAAUUAAAUAAAAAGAUAUGAAAAAUAAAAGAAAAUCAAUGUAUUUGAUGAGGAAGAAAAAAACGAAUUAAAAUAUAUAUUGCAGAGCCCAGAAUCAACCCAAUUCGAUGCCUCUCUAAACUCUAAGAAUAUAUUUAAAAAAAAAAAAGAAAGAAAAAAUGAUGAAGAAAAAACUAAAUUAUAUUGUUACUAAUAAGUCUUAUAUAAAGAGCAAAAAGAAAAUUCUUCUGUCAGCGUCUGAUGCAUGUCUUUAGGAAUUAGAUGAAGAAAAAAAAACGAAAAUAUUGAAAUCCAAUGGAUAUUCUCAUGUGUGAAAGGUGAAAAACAAAGAUAAGGGGAAAAAGAAAUUUUUCAAAGAAAAGAAAAGGCAUAAGAAAAACAAUAAGAGAAUAAAGGGAAAAACAAUCCAAAGUGAUUUGGAAGACAUGCACCCGGUGCAGCGAAAUCAAUAUUUCACGAUAAAUAUAAAAUGAUUAGUCAGUAGGAAAACCAUAAAUAUAUUCAUAAUUAUUAAUAAUAAUAAACUCUAUAAUAUCAGCUAAUUAUUAUAUUUAAACCAUUAUUAAAAUACAAGUGAAGAAAAAAAAAUAAUUGAAAGUAAACUAUUGCAAUUUCAUGAUAGUUUUAUGUUGAUGAAACAAGGAAUUAAAAAAAAAAACAUUGGUAAAAAAAACAAUCCUUUGCGUCAAUUUUGCUUAAGACUUUUUUCUUUUCUUUUAUGAAAACCAUUGAAAAAUAAAGAGAAAAAAUACAACACAGAAAACGAGGAAAAGAAAAUGUGAAAAGGGGUAGAGGAAGAAAUUUUGAAGGAAAACCAACAGAAAAAAAUUAAAAUGAAACAUAAUGAAAACUGUGAACAUACAAUCAACAUAACACUUAACAUUCUCACACACACACAAACACUGUUCAAUGCAGGAGAACAAUGCUGAAAAAUAAAAACACCCUCAUAAUGAAAAAAAAAAAAUGCUGAAUUCUUUUAAAUUGCAUUGCAACUAUGAGAUUUAAUUAGACUGAAAUGAAUUAAAUUUGUAUACAAUUUUGUUGACAAAUUCUCACUCGAAUAAUUUUCUUUUUAUUACAAAAUACAACUUUUUCUUAACAAAAAAAAAAUGUAAUUUGUGAUUUCUUUAAAAAUUAAUUUUUGUUUAUCGUUUAGUUAGAUAAAUUGCCUUAUUUAACAAAGAAUAAUUUUUCUUUGAAAAACCACAAUAUGCAAUAGUUGAGGGAAGAAGUCAAAAAGAAAAUUGAAAAGUUUGUAAAAGCUUUUGAGAAUAAACGAAAACUUUUCAAUUUGACUUUUCCCCGUGAAUUUAGGCUUCUAUUUCCGGCUAAAUAAAAUCAUGGUUUUCAGUUUCAAAAAGGAAAAUCCAUUAAAAAUGAACUCCAUACUUAAACAAUAUGUAAAUAGAUUUUAUAUGCAUUUCCAAUUAAUUUUCUGACUACCACCAACUAGUAUUAAUUGAAAUAAUGACACGCUAGAAGAUAUAUUAAUAAAAUUAGGACACAUUCAAAUCAUGUGCAAUAUUUAUUUCUUUUUUUAUUUAAAAGAAAACAAACCAAAUAGGUGUUUUAUGUCAAAUUCAUUUAAGAGAAGAAAAAGUCACACAAACCUUAAGUUCAAUAGCAAUAGAACCAGACUUGUGCGGUCUUCCUAAUUCGACGAAGGAGCAACCGAAGUAAUAAAAUGAAAUCAACCAAACAACCAUAAGAGAUUGAAAUAGCAUUUAAUUAGAGAAAAAGAAAACUUUGUGCAAUAGCUACAGACCAACAAAAAUAAAAGAAAAAAAAUCAAGAGAUCAAACAGAGACAUUUCACUGAAAUGGCUACGGCUUAUAAAACUUUCUUCAGGUGACGAUAACAAGAUGAAAUAGAACCAGAUAUAAUCACAGCUAAAAGAAACCCAAAAAAGAUAUGGAGACAUUUUGUUUUAUAUAUACUUACAUAUAUAUUUUCCAUAUUUCCCACGAUAAUUUCUUUACACAUUUCUAUAUAUAAAUUUUUUAUUUCGGAACUAACUUUCCCCCAAAAAGAAACUCUUCACUUGAACAUUUUCGAGAUAAAAAAAAGCGCAAAAAACUUUCUUCAGAGAAUCCUACAAAAAAAAAUAACUAACAUGGCGGGUAGUAAUGAUAUAAAAGAGAAAAAAAAGAAAACAUUUUAGAAAAUAGUAGAAAAAAUGACAAAUUUAGAAUUAUUGUAGGAAAGAGUGAGUGUUGAAAGUGGAUUUUCGACGUGCGAUGAACAAAAUUAAAUGUAUUUUGCGCCAUCUAUUAAAUAAGAACUACAUUUAGUAAUGAGGAAAAACUAUUCAUUGAGUAAAGAAAAAAAAUUAAUGCAGAGUGUUUUAUAAUUUUCAAAUGAAAAAAAAAUGAAAAACUAACCUAAAAAAUGUAGUAGAAAUGAAAUAUUUUUCACACACAAAAAAAAACUUGAAGACAAAAGAUACUGGCGAAAAUUAAAUGAAAAAAAAAAUGAAGAAAUGUGUAAAAAGUUAUGUAUAAUGAAAAUUUUGAACGAAAAUUCCUACACAGCAGCGACAACUGUCGGUGGGAAUGUAGAAUUAAUGGGGAAAGUAUAAUAAAAAUUAACUAAUUAUCCCAACUACAAUGCACCACGGGCACUUGUAUAAAGAAAAAAAAACUAAAGAAAAAUUAGUCAUUGAGCGGAAGUACAUAACGUAAUGUAAAAUGAGUAUUUUUGUAUCAAUAUUUUCUAAACGUUGGUGUAUUAAAAACAAAAAAAAAGUGAAAAGACCUAUAAUCAAGAAACUAAUAUUAAAACAAAAUUUAAAUGAAAAAAAAGACAUAAAAAUCAUUAUAUAGAAAAAUUUUAGAUAAAUGAAAAUAUUAUAUAGAAAAGUAAUUGUUUUCUAUUUUAUCAUUUUAGGCUUAGGAACUUUGGAUAAAAUGUGGUGAGAAAAUAAUGAGAAAAAAAUGAUGAAAAUAAAGUAAAUUUAGGGAUUUUGAUGAUGAAAAAAAUGUAAAUAUUGAUAAAAUAUUUAGAAAUGUGAAAAGGAAAAAAAAGUUAUGAUACUUACACUCAGAUUAAAGCAUAAAGUGUACGUGGUGCGAAUCCCUAAACAAAUAAUUCUACCUUCUCCUUGACAGUUUGCUUGACUGUUUGUCGUGUAAUUGACAAAAAAAUAAAUGAUGAGAAAAAGAGUAAAAUUAAGGAUAAUUUUUGUAAAAAGGCAAGAAAAGCAACACAAUUAAUAAAUUAGUACUUAACCCCUUUAUUAUUGUAUUAUGUAAAAUUAUCCAUUAAUCAUAAACAAGAAAAAAAAACUAUGAUUAUUAAAUAGAUAUAGAAGUAUAUUAAAGAAAAAUAAAAUGUUUCUAUAUAUUUAAUAAUGAUGAGAAAUCAUUUCGAAAAAGAAAACCUAUGUAGUAAGUGAAAGACAAAAAAAAACUGAUAAAACGAAGUAAGAAAAAUUUUAUGACGGUAACUAAUUCUAUGGGUAGAUGACGUGAUUUAUCCUCCUUUAAUUCUCCAUUAGGUCCAAUGAAGAAAACAAUUUACUAUGAAGAAAAAAAUUGUUUUUUAUUAAUGAAGAACAAGCACAGAUUAAAGCUCUCCAAGGACCAAAGAUGAUGAUUGAAAUGAAAAAAAUAAAGAAAUCAGAGAAGAACUAAUAACGACGAAGAAAUAAAUUGGUCAAAUGGACAUGAAAUAACUAAUGAAGAAGAUUAAAAAAAACAAGUCGAAGCUAGCCAUUGUGAAACGUACAAAAGAAAAUUAAUUAAAUAAUUGAAGUAAAAGAAAAAAGAAUUAAUAAAAGAAGAAAAAUAUAUUAAAAAAUAAUUUCAUUGUGUAUAAAAAUGAAGUAUUAUUGGCGUCUGUUUGGCGAUUGGAUGGAAAUAAAUGAUUCUUUGUAGAAAAAAAAACAACCCAAUCGAAUGAAUAAUUACAUUAAACAAGUAAAGAAAAGAAAAAAAAAACAAGGAAAAGAAGAAAUAUUUGUGUAAAAAGAACAAAAAAAAUGAAGUAAUAUUAAUUGAUAAGUGAAUUGAGAAGAAGAAUGAAAUUCGAAAAUGGUUGACGCACAUUUAUGCCGUUUUUUAAUUCGAAAAAAAAAGAGAUAACAAAGUCAAAUGAUAAAAGAUAAAUUGUCAUAAAAAAAAUUACCAAUCACAUUAUUUAAACUUAACAUCAUAAUCAUUAAAGGAAGUAUCAAAUAUAAUAUUUACGCCGAAUUAUUUAUCUGUAAAACUUAAAAGCGUGUCAUUGUCCAUUACAUGUUAUUAUCUUUAGAAGUUUUUCAAAACUGUUUGGUGUAUUUAAUUAAUUAUAAUUAAUUGAAAAGGAGCAUAUUGAAUGCUGAAUGAGAAUAUGCAAGAACGACGUACACUAACAAUUUUUGUAUCAUAAAUAAAAUCGAGUCUCUGUUUAUAUUAAACUUUUAAUUUUUCUUCUUUUACCAAUAAGCCUAAUUUCAAUUUUUCUUUCAACAAUUUUCAUUUUAUUAAUUUUUGUAAAUUUUCUUAUCAACACAUUUUAUUGACUUUUGUUGAGCAUUUUUUUUAAACGUAAAAAUGAAUUUCAGAUGAAAAAUACCCUGAAAAAAGGAACAUGCACUAGACAACAAGGAAAAUACAAAAUAAAACACAAAUAUUCAUGGUGAAGCAUUUAAUUUCUCGCAAAAAUAAUUCUCAAAUUUAUUUUCUUUCAAAUAAAAGACCAAUAUAAUUUUCUUCUCUGACAAUUCCAAAAAAGCAAAAAAUUCGUUGACUUUGAAUUAAAGUGCAAAGAAAAAACAAAAUUAAGAAAAAACGUUUCACAACUCUAAAAAAAACUUUGGGUUAAAAAAUGAUGAAAAAAAAUUAUGAAGAGCAAAAAUGUGACAAAAAUUACAUAUUUUGGGCCAAAAUUAUUGAGGUGAACCAAAAAAUGGUAAAUUUAUUUGAGAUAAACGAGGAAAGAAAAAAUAACUAAAAAGGUAAUGAUAAAAAUUAUAAGAAAAUUGUAUAAAAAAAACAUUGAUUCGGAAUACAAAGAGUUGUUUUAUUUAUUUAAUUAUGUAUUUAUGAUAUAUAUAAAAAAUUAUAUUGUUUAAUUUCUCUUAAAUAAUAAAGUUUUUAAAAUCAUA